CUCUUAGCGGUGAUAACUCAAUUUUUGCACCUUUAAAGGAACCCUCAAAGAAAAAGAUCCUUUUGAUGCUUGUGAGGGUUAGAAUUCAUAGUUCAUUGUGUUAUUUUGGGUUUGGUUCUACUGUAGAAAAUGGUUGGAAGUGUUGAAUCGGUAGCCAUUAACUUGUAUUCAAAUGGGUCUGUUCAUAACUCAAAUGGUGUGGAAAAAAAGCUUGAUGAACUCCGUUCCCUCUUGGGCAAGGCGGAAGGUGAUCUGCUCAAGAUUGUCGGCGUUGGAGCGGGUGCUUGGGGUAGUGUUUUUGCAGCCAUGCUUCAAGACAGCUAUGGUUGUCUUCGAGAGAAGGUUCAGAUCAGGAUAUGGAGAAGGCCUGGCAGAUCAGUUGAUAGAGCCACUGCAGAACAUCUCUUUGAAGUGAUCAAUUCAAGGGAGGAUGUAUUGAGGCGUCUGAUCAGGCGUUGUGCAUACUUGAAAUACGUUGAAGCAAGAUUAGGUGACAGGACACUAUAUGCAGAUGAGAUUUUGAGAGAUGGGUUCUGCUUGAACAUGAUUGACACACCAAUUUGUCCUAUGAAAGUUGUAACCAACUUACAAGAGGCUGUGUGGGAUGCUGAUAUUGUGAUAAAUGGGUUGCCAUCAACCGAAACCCGUGAGGUUUUUGAAGAGAUCAGUAGGUAUUGGAAGGAGAGAAUCACUGUUCCCAUCAUCAUUUCUCUGUCCAAGGGUAUAGAGGCUGCAUUGGAGUCUGUCCCGCACAUAGUAACUCCCACACAGAUGAUUAAUCGGGCAACUGGAGUGCCCAUGGAGAACAUUCUUUACCUUGGAGGACCAAACAUUGCCUCAGAGGUCUACAACAAGGAGUAUGCUAAUGCUCGCAUAUGUGGAGCUGAAAAGUGGAGGAAACCUCUGGCUAGGUUUUUGAGGCAACCUCAUUUCACUGUGUGGGAUAACAGCGACCUUGUCACUCAUGAAGUUAUGGGUGGCUUGAAGAAUGUCUAUGCUAUUGGAGCUGGAAUGGUUGCUGCCCUAACCAAUGAGAGCGCUACCAGCAAAUCAGUAUAUUUUGCUCACUGUACAUCAGAGAUGAUAUUUAUUACUCAUCUGUUAACGGAAGAACCUGAGAAGCUUGCAGGGCCUUUGCUAGCUGACACUUAUGUAACCCUGUUGAAAGGUCGUAAUGCAUGGUAUGGCCAAAUGUUAGCCAAGGGGGAAUUAAGCCUAGAUAUGGGUGAUAGCAUCAAGGGCAAGGGAAUGAUUCAGGGAGUAUCUGCUGUGGGAGCAUUCUACGAGCUGCUAAGUCAGGCCAGCUUAAGUGUCUUCCAUCCUGAAGAGAACAAGCCUGUUGCCCCUGUUGAACUGUGUCCCAUCUUGAAGACACUUUACAAAAUACUAAUCAAAAGGGAGCUGCCAUCACAGGCCAUCCUUCAAGCAUUGAGAGAUGAAACCAUGAAUGAUCCUCGUGAGCGUAUUGAGAUAGCACAGAGCCAUGCCUUCUACAGACCUUCUCUCCUUGGGCAACCUUGAUUAGCUGACCCUCAACUUUACAGGCAGAAUUGAUAUGUAAUCAACGACCAUCGCAAAUAAGAAUUAAUGGAUGAGUGGAGUUUGUGCUUGAGGAUCUACAAGGUGAAAUCAGCAGAUAAGUGUUUUGUAACAGAUCACGUAUCUCAAUUCAUUCAUUUUUUUUUCCCUUCUGUGAUUGUCGUCUUUAUAGUAUCAUCUAUAGAAGGUUCUGUUAUAAGUGGCUUCAUCAAUAUGUAAUGUUCUAUAUGGAUUCUAAUCAUGAAUAAAACUGUGGUUUAGUUCUG